AUGCAGGGUAGCCGCAUAGCACAUCCAGUGACCAGUAUUCGUUCUUAUACGGAACCUCGAUUGACGGUAGUCAAUUCGUACAUGUCGACCAAUCCAUUCGUCGUUGAAUACACACGAUACGACACAUUUCGAAUGGAAUCCACGAGUGAUUUGGAAUUUGCCAUGCAUAAGACAUGGUGUGCUAAUGGAAAAAUGCUCAACCUCGCUAUUGGUGGACAUCCAUGGCCGACACGAGACCAGAUCAUUGAACGGCUCACAAUGGCAAUCGAUGAGCUUAAUGAGUGUCGCGAUCUAAUUUCCCGAAGGAAAUCGGAUGUGCUUGGAUACUAUGAUGAAAAAAAUCCGAGAAUGGGCGCUCACGAAGACAAUCAAUCCGCGAAUAAGGGAUAA